AUGAGGACGCAGAGCGUGCUCGCGGCGGCGCUCACCGCGUGCAUCCUGGCCUGCCUGCUGGUGGGCGCCGCGGUAUUCGACGCGCUCGAGUCGGAGGCGGAGAGCGGCCGCCGGCGGCUGCUGGCCCAGAAGCGGGGCGAGUUCCGCAGAAAGUAUGGCUUCUCGGCCGAGGACUACCGGGAGCUGGAGCGCCUGGCGCUGCAAGCCGAGCCGCACCGCGCCGGCCGCCAGUGGCAGUUCGCGGGCUCCUUCUACUUCGCCAUCACCGUCAUCACGACCAUCGGCUACGGCCACGCCGCGCCGGGCACGGACUCGGGCAAGGUCUUCUGCAUGUUCUACGCGCUGCUGGGCAUCCCGCUGACGCUUGUCACCUUCCAGAGCCUGGGCGAGCGGCUGAACACACAGGUGCAGCGCGUCCUGCUAGCGGCCAAGCGCUGCCUGGGCCUGCGGCGGGAGCACGUCUCGGUGGAGACAGUGGCGGUGGCCGGGCUGCUGGUGUGCGUCGCCACCCUGGCCCUGGGCGCCGCCGCCUUCGCGCACUUCAAGGGCUGGACCUUCUUCCACGCCUACUACUACUGCUUCAUCACCCUCACCACCAUCGGCUUCGGAGACUUUGUGGCGCUGCAGAGCGACGAGGCGCUACAGAGGAAGCUGCCCUACGUGGCUUUCAGCUUCUUCUACAUCCUCCUGGGGCUCACGGUCAUUGGCGCCUUCCUCAACCUUGUGGUCCUGCGCUUCCUCGCCGCCAGCACCGAUGCCCCCAAGCAUGCUGCCCGCCGAGCGGGCCCGCUCCGUCUGGGGGCGCCCGCGAGCCGGCCUCGCUGCCCAACCCGCGCCCCAGGCUUCCGCUGA